AUGGCAGCCCUGCACCUAGCAAAUCUGAUAACAAAAUCGUGUCUCCGGAGACCAUUGGCAAGCUUUUGCAGAGCACCCAAAAGCUAUCUCAAUGCCCAAAGCAGGAUUUUUGGAGCAGGAUAUCGCCGGCGUCGGCCACCGGUUUUAAGAUGUUUGGUGGUACCGGGUUCGGGCCUAUGCAAUUUGGUAUUCGCUCUUUUCGAGUUUCGAGCGGCCGCGGAGCAAGUGGUGGUUCUGGAGGCUCCGGCGCCGGAGGGUCUGGUGGUGGUGGUGGAAGUGGUGGUGGUGGAAGUGGUGGCGGUGGAGGAAAUGGUUCGGGUCUGCUUUCAUGGCCUGCUUAGGUUUGCUGAGCUUUCAACAUUUUUGUGCAAGUUCGUUAUGCGAGUUGUGAGGCCUCGAAGGAAAACCAGUAGGAGGUAUCUGUCUCUCCUUGCCAAGCAUCCUGUGAUUACAAAAGCAAUUACAUCCGCAUUCUUAACUUUGGUUGGAGAUAUGAUCUGCCAGGUAGACUUUCUAUUGCAUGUGAUAAAGAGCAUUCAUGGCCUGAAAACUGAUGAUGUCUGCUUCCACUUUGAAUCGCAACUUCUUGUGAUUGAUCAAGUACCAUCUCUUGACGUGAAGCGGACAUUUCUGUUCACACUGUUGGGCCUGGUAUUUGUAUUUGAGUAA